CUAGAUAUUCACUUUGUGGUCGGUGGCUGAAUUUCGAAUUCAAGAUAAAAAAAAAAUAAUCUUUUUUAAUGAUGUAUUUAAUUUGGCAGUAAAUUAGGCACAGUGAGUUUGGUGUUAUGGAUUGGUAAAAGACAUGUUUGAAAGCACGCGCCAUAAAUAAACAAACACAGCAGCGGUUGUAAGUGUAAGUGUAACGUCUCUUUGUUGUGUAAGGGACAGCCUGGUUUUUCAAGAACAAUCUAACAUGUCCAGAACGGACACUUUUCAAAAUUUCUCUGUGAAUUUACAAUAAUGUCCCCAACACACAGUUUAAACUUCAAAAGAGUCCUUCCUUUUCCCCAACCCCUCCUCCGUUUCAGCCUUUUGGGCAACCAUCGUGCUAGAAGGGAAAGGAAUCACAGCCAUUAUAGGAAUUCCAAAAACUUAACUGCUAAGUCCACCAAAAAUACUUCUUGGUCGGCCCACGAGAUUUUUUUCGGUCAACCGCUCAGACCCAGAAGAGGAAACCGACAUAAUAAGUACAGGAACAAAAAAGAAUCGAUAGAGAUUAGAUAAUGCAAGGAUUUGCAGCUGAACCAGAGGCAGAGAGUGACGUAGCUGAGCUGAAGCUUCAAUCCCCUUUCGAUGGCAGAAUCUAAGUUUCACCUGUUUUUUCUCUUCUUUUUUGUAUUUCUCACUGCUUCUGAAGGUAAAUUUCAGAAGCCAUUGAUUAAGGGGCAGAAGCUGGAGAAGGAAGAUAGGCAGCCAUUUGUUGGGGUUAAUAUUGGGAGUGACGUUUCGAAUCUAUUGUCGCCUUCGGACUUGGUUUCGUUCUUGCGUUUUCAGAAAAUCACUCACAUUAGGCUGUACGAUGCGAACCCUGAAAUUCUCAAAGCCCUAAGUGGGACGAAAAUUCGAGUAAUAAUCAGUGUACCCAACAACCAACUUAUUGCAAUUGGGUCCUCCAACGCCACCGCCGCCGCAUGGAUCGGCCGGAAUGUGGUGGCGUACUAUCCCCAGACUCUAAUUUCCGGCAUUUCCGUCGGAGACGAGGUUUUAACCACCAUCCCCUCUGCUUCCCCUCUGUUGCUCCCCGCAAUUGAAUCCCUCUACAAUGCCCUAGUUUCAGCGAAUCUUCAAACCCAGAUUCCAAUUUCCACUCCACAUGCUGCUUCGAUAAUUCUCGACCCAUUUCCGCCGUCGCAGGCUUUCUUCAACCAGAGCCUGGUUCAGUUCAUGCUUCCUCUGCUUCAGUUCCUUUCCAGAACUGGGUCGCCGCUGAUGAUGAAUUUUUACCCUUACUACGUUUUUAUGCAAAACAAAGGCGUGGUUCCUCUCGAUAACUCGCUGUUCAAACCCUUGACGCCCUCCAAGGAAAUGGUCGACCCCAAUACUCUGCUUCACUACACUAAUGUUCUCGACGCCAUGAUUGACUCCGCCUAUUUCUCGAUGAAGAACCUCAACAUCACAGACGUCGUGGUUCUCGUCACCGAGAGCGGGUGGCCGUCGAAGGGCGAUUCGAAAGAGCCGUACGCCACAAUCGACAACGCCGACACUUUCAAUUCGAAUCUAAUCAAGCAUAUUCUCGACCGGAGCGGAACCCCAUUUCACCCGGAAAUCACUUCCAGUGUGUACAUCUACGAGCUGUUCAAUGAGGAUUUACGGUCGCCGCCGGUGUCGGAGGCGAAUUGGGGGCUGUUUUACGGCAACUCCACGCCGGUUUAUUUGCUUCAUGUGACCGGAAGUGGGACGUUUUUGGCGAACGACACGACGAACCAGACGUACUGUAUAGCCAUGGAUGAGUUCGACGCCAAGACAUUGCAGACGGCGUUAGAUUGGGCUUGUGGACCUGGUAAAGCGAAUUGUACAGAGAUUCAGCCGGGAGAGCCUUGUUAUCAGCCUAAUAAUGUGAAGAACCAUGCUUCUUAUGCGUUUGAUAGCUAUUAUCAGAAGGAAGGGAAAACUUCUGGGUCUUGCGAUUUCAAGGGCGUGGCCAUGAUCACCACCACUGACCCAAGUCAUGGGAGCUGCAUAUUUCCUGGAAGUAAGAAAGUUAGCAAUAAAACUAAAGAGACAGUGAACUCAACACAAACCCCCCAAGCCAGUGGAGCAGCAGCUCACAGAUUGAGAUUAUUUGGUGAAAUGAGUGGGAAAGAGAAGAGAGUCCACAUUUUUUUGCUUGCAAAUUUCUUAUUCUUUCUGUUCAUUCCUUGGAUGGCUCCAUGGUGAGGAGGCUGAUGUAGAAAAUAAAAAGGGUUUAAUAUAUAUAUUUUUUGAAGUGUAAUGUUUUGCUCAGGAAGUAGUUCAAAUUCAUUUGGGAGAAUUUGGGAAAGGCCUCUUUCUAUCCUUUUAUUCAACAAUGAGAAAUUAUCAAGAAAAAUUGGGGGUUGAAAAUUUCAUAAUCUACCUUUUCCCUCUACUUUACAAUAAUUUUAAUAAAGAGAAGUAAAGUAGUUUUGUUGAA